CGCGCAUGCGCACUGAACUGUCAACGGCUAUGGCGCGGCUGGAAGGAGCUCAGCGGCUGAAGCUGCUGCUUUGCAGUCGCUACUCGCACAGAUUCGCCUUGUUUCCAGGCGUCCGCUCGUUCUCUGAGCGUGUGUCAUCCCAGUCUGUAACGUCCAAACCCCCUGAGAUCGCAGACGACCAUUUAAUCUACACACCAGAGCACUUUGCGUUAAAGGAGGCCCUCAGAAAGCUCAUUGACCAGGAGAUUAACCCUUAUGUGGAUCAGUGGGAAGCCGAAGGGACGUUUCCAGCCCACAAAAUCUUCAAGUUACUGGGAAAUGCAGGCUUUCUUGGAGUCAACAAACCAGUUGAGUAUGGAGGCUUGGGUUUGGACUUUAGCUACAGCGUUGCUGUAGCAGAGGAGCUGGGCAACAUUCGCUGUGGGGGCAUUCCCAUGGCCAUCGGUGUACAGAGUGACAUGGCUACUCCAGCUCUGGCCAGGUUUGGUUCAGAAGAGCUUAAGAAGGAGUUCCUUUUGCCCUCCAUCAUGGGUGAGAAAGUGGCCUGUCUGGGUGUGAGUGAGGUCGGAGCUGGCUCUGAUGUCUCAAGUAUUAAGACCAAGGCAGUGAAAAAAGGAGAUGAAUAUGUGAUAAAUGGGGGAAAGAUGUGGACAACCAAUGGCACCCAGGCUGACUGGAUGUGUCUUCUCGCCAAUACCAGCGAUGGACCCCCACACAAGAACAAAUCUCUCAUUUGUUUACCCAUGAACCUGCCAGGAGUACAUGUUGCCCGGAAGAUUAGUAAAAUCGGUAUGUGGUCAUCAGAUACAGCAGAAGUUUUCUUCGAUGACGUCCGUGUUCCCUGUCAGAACAUCAUUGGUCAAGAAGGAAUGGGCUUCACCUAUCAGAUGCUCCAGUUCCAGGAAGAGAGGCUCUGGGCCGUGGCCAAUGUUGUGACCACGAUGGACAACAUCAUCCAGGAAACCAUCAAUUACACACGGCAGAGGAAGAUCUUUAAGCAGCCUGUGCUCUAUCACCAGGCUGUUCACUUUAGGCUGGCCGAGCUACAGACAGAGGUUGAGCUGCUACGCUCCCUCCUCUACCGUUCUACAGCAAUGUACAUUAAAGGCAACGAUGUCACCAAGCUGGCGUCUAUGGCCAAGUUAAAGGGCGGCCGCCUUGCGAGAGAACUGAGCGACAGCUGUCUGCAGUAUUGGGGAGGGAUGGGCUUCACCAGUGAUGUACCAGUCAGCAGAUUUUACAGGGAUUCCAGGUUGUUGUCGAUCGGUGCAGGAGCCGAUGAGGUGAUGCUGGGAAUCAUCUGCAAAUACAUGGACACGCUGCCCAAGAAGUGAUCUCAUCGAUGGUUUCCACAGGGCCGACGUCACACCCCGUUCCUGAAAGAGUGCUAAUCUUUAAAUCACUAAAGUGCAAUUCUGAUGUUUUGUGUUAAACAAUUCCUACUCAAAUUAAUUUAUAAUUUCUCUUGCCUUUUCUCAUAAGACAAUAAAGCACUUAAUAAGUUUUGAUUUUCUUAUCCUACAGAAAAUAAUUGAUAGCGACCUUUUUGUAGAAUGAAGCUCAAUGUGUAUAGAACUCUGAAAAUCAUUGACACAUAUAUAUAUAUAUAUAUCAUGACAUCCAUUAUCUGCUAAUGGAACACUCACAGACCUGUUCAGAACAUAAAAUUUGUUUAUUUACAAAGACCUUUUUACAUUAAAUCUGAAGCAAAGACAUAACUGAUGACAGUAUAUAAUUUUUUAAGCCUACCAUAAAUACCUAUGGUAAGUCACAUGUUCUGAAUGUUAUUUACAAUUAAAAUUGACUUUAACAAUG